UGGUCUUGAACAUACCCUUCCUCCUUACCCCUGUUCCCGGGAAAAAAAUCUGUUACUAAAAAACCCUAGGCGCGAGAUAGAAAUUGAAACGCAUGAGUCUGGUUGAUUCGUUUUCUACAGUUUAGCUACUUUACUUGCAAAAGUAUUGUAACUUAAAGUUGUUUGUUACGGUUAGAGUUCCGUGUCGGUUGAACAGACGGUACUGUGAGGCAAGGCCGCGACAGUUGGGUUUUGGGAGGUUUGCUGGACCCUCCUAGAAGCUGGGGGAAAUGUCCGGUUGGUCGCGCGGGUAAGCCAAUGCAAUGGGUUAUACGGUUUAUCUUAUUCAGUAGUGAAAAGGAGCCACGUGCAUCAACUUAUUCCACGAGAACCUGGAACUGUGACUGUAGCACAGAGAGCGAAAAUGCCGUGUUAAAUUGUGACGUUAUACUUCCAGUGGUCUUCGUGUUCAUUUUGGUUGUGAUCCGGAAGCUAGCUCGCUAGCUAACUGUUCAGUAACAGUCCAUUGCCCGUUUAGAAGCCGUUGUUGUUAUCGUGGCCAGCAGUCGGCUAGUAGUUGUUUGCUAGCAGACUGGACACGGUAGCUAACGUUACCGGCAUCUUCACCACCAGUUUCAGUCAAGAAUACGUUUUUUUCUGUCAUGUAAGAAUGCAACAAUUUGCUAAUCACAGUUUUAGUUAUCCACUUUUAAGUAGCACGGUGCAUAUUGUGGCAUUGAUUGGUGAAGAUAUUACUAAAUGUAUUUGCCUAAAUUAAAGGUUGUAUCGCUCGCAGCAGUAACAUGUAGUUUGUUGAUUAGCUAGCUAACUAACGUUACAUUGUUUCCAAGACUGGUGGAGUGGGCCUCAUGAAUUUGUUACAUUCAUUGUAUGUGAAAACCAACUUGUUACAAUGUUGCGCAGUUUGAAGCACAUGUAUUGGAAUUGUAUAUUUCACGUUGCCACUUUUUGUUGCAAUCCACAGACAUGAGGUACUAGAGCUGCAGUACUGUAGUUUGUUCGACUUUUUUUGUCGAAAUAGCUUUGUUAAAGGGUGCACUUUUAACGAUAGGGACCGGGUUACUUUUCACUUUUUGCCGAAGGACUUGGAGCAUUGUAAUAAGUAGGACAAUUUAUGUCAUAAUCAGCUGGCCUGCAUUUGUUGUCGGAAAACCAGGCGUUACAACCAUGUGUGGUGAUAAUUUUGUCCCGAGCGACUGAGAGAUACCACAAGUGGAAGGCUCGUUUCGUUGACAGGCUCAGGCUGAAUUUCGGCGCUGUACCAACCGUCAUUGGGUACAGCACCGUAUGGGACAUCACCACGUGUAAGAGACAGCAUGCAGAGUGAAGAUGGAGAUGAAAUGCUGUGUGUUGACACAGACUCUGAUGUGGCGGAACAGCGGGAGAGUUAUAAAGUUAAAGUGAAAUGGACGCAUGAGGAGGAUGAGAAUCUAAAGAUCCUGGUGCACAACUUUGGAAAUAGUGACUGGACAACUAUCGCCAGCUUCCUACCAGGACGCACAGAGUAUCAAUGUAUGCACCGCUAUAUGAAGGCUCUAGAUCCAGAUUUAAUCAAGGGGACUUGGACCAAGGAGGAGGAUGACAAGGUCAUUGAGCUGGUGAGUAAAUAUGGGACCAAGCAGUGGGCGAUGGUGGCCAGGCACCUGAAGGGUCGCCAGGGGAAGCAGUGCAGGGAGCGAUGGCACAACCACCUCAACCCGGAUGUGAAGAAGUCCUCGUGGACCCCAGAGGAGGACCUGAUCAUCUACAAAGCCCACUGUGUCCUUGGGAACCGCUGGGCGGAGAUCGCCAAGCUUCUACCUGGAAGGACGGACAAUGCUGUGAAAAACCACUGGAACUCAACCAUCAAACGUAAAGCCGAGAUGGGAGCAUAUGUUAUGGAUGAUGACGGGAGUCCGCCACCACCCACUUCUCUGGAGCAGGGCGAGGUAGAUUUUCGUUGUGACGUUGUUUUGGACACGGAGCCUGAACCUCCAGAGGUGAUGAGGCAAUAUAGAGAGGCUAUAUCCCCCAUGCAAAAAAUUAGGCCAAAAAAGGACUCUCACCCAGUCAGGUCAAAGACGGUGGUGUUCCCGGCUGUCUUAGCCAAGAGGGACUCCAACAGCCCCUACUCUAGCUCCGGUCCUAGCAGCGUCCCCACUCUCCACCAGUCUCGCCAGAAGAGCAUCACAGAGGCCGUGUUGCGGAUGAUAGCGGAGGACAUGCUGCCCCUCAGCUUCGUGGAGGGCUCAGGCUUCAGGAGCUUCAUGUCUGUGAUCGGCCCCCAAUAUCAGAGGCUGUCCCAGCGUGCCGUGGGCCUCCGGUUGUACGACGACGUGGAGAAGGCAAUCAAGCCCCAUCUGAUCCGCGACCUGAAGACCUGCUUGGCUGCCAGCGCGGGCGAUGCCGUUGUCCACGCCACCCUGGACCUCUGGGCCAGCCCCUACGCCGACCCUGUUGUCGCCGUGCAGCUGCACUUCCUGGAUGACGACUGGCACAUCCACCGGCCCACCGUGGCCUUCCGCCACAUCGGCCACAAGAACAUGAACGUGGCCAUGGCCCGGGAGCUGGAAGCCGUGCUGCUGAGCUACGGCCUGUUCCCCAACAACCUGGGUUACAUCAUCACCAACGAGGCCAAGCACACCAUCGCUGCCUACGACCUCUUCUGCGACUAUAGGAUCAUGUGCUCGUCUCAGAGGGGCGACCCGGACGAGGAGGAGAUGCUAGCCUUCCUGGGCGACCAGAUGCCCACGGAGGACUUCUCAGAGAUCCAGUUUGGCACGCGCUUGGGCUGCGUCGCCAACAUGCUGCAGCUGGUGAUCAAAGAGGCUCUGAAGAACUCUCGCGUGGUGGAGAACCUGCUGUCCCAGGUGCACAACGUGGUGGCCUUCUUCCGCCGCAGUGCCUACUGGAAUGAGGUGCUCCUGAAGGAGUGUGGCCUGUCACUGGCCCCCUCACCCGGCAGCUGCCGCUGGAAUUCCACCUUUGUAUCGAUGCGGCGGAUGGUACAGGAGGCGGUGUGGGGCUCAGUCAUGAUCCUGCUUGCCCAGGCCCGCAUUGAGGCCAAGGACUCGUCCAGCUCCCCGCCCAUGGUGAGGGCCAAGCGGGAGCAGGUGGUGGACAUCAUCGGCCUGCUGGAGCCGUUUGAGGAGGCCAUCCAGGUGCUUCAGAGCGAUGCCGUCACCUUCUCCCUCAUCAUCCCCUCCCUGAUCGGCCUGGACAAGACCCUGGAGACCCGCUCCACCAAUUACAGCCACUUCUCCAAGGGGCUCCGCUCCGGCCUGCACACACACUUCCAGCCCCUCAUCCUGCAGAGGGACCUGAUCCUGGUCACGGUGCUGGACCCCCGCAUUAAGCUCCAGCCCUUCGAUGACACGAAGCAGGAGGGGGACACCGCCUCCCUGGCCGCCCCCUCCAAGUUCCAGGUCCAAAUGCUGGUCAAGUCGUUGGUCAGUGACAUGGAUUCCUGGAACCCGGUGAAGCAGGAGGAGAGUGAAGAGAUCCAGGAGAACUCUGAGGCCUCCAGCUCUAACAGUGGCAGCGGCAACCUCAAGCGCAAGUCCAUCUUCAGUUUCCUCCAGUCUGCGGCCAAGAGCAUGAAGCUGUCUGAGCUGGACCAGUACUUGUCAGAGCCUGUGCUGGAUGGGGACGGCUCCACCCAGGUUUUCUGGAGAGACGCCUCACGGUUUCCCCAGCUGCAGAGGGCGGCCAGGAAGCUGCUGGCUGUGCCUGCCACCUCAGGCGGGUUUGACCGACUCUUCCCCAUGGCGUCCUGCAUCGUCAGGGCCAAGAGGAGCCGGCUGCCCCCUCACACCACCGAGAGGCUGCUGAUCUACAGGGAGUUCCUGAGGGGGAAAGACGGGAGGUCCAAUUCGAAUGGCGCAACUAAACCGUCAUAGACAUGCUGAACACAGUGCCUGCUACUGCCCUACAUAUCUCAUUAUCAGUCCUGUGUGUGCAGGGUUCUCUUACCCUAAUCUGUUACUCGAUUGUCAUCCAAGUUUACAUGAUUGAACAAUGAGCCGGGACAAAAACCUGCACACCAAGGAUUGAGCUUUGAGGGCUGAGUGAUGUCAUGUCAACAAAUGUAACACAACAGAAAUAAUACCUCUAAAUAAUAUUUUUGUAAUUAUGAAGUUAAUACAUUUUAGUUAUGUAAAAAAAUUGGAAAGAACAUGCUUCUAUGAGUGUAUCCUGGAAACUUUUCUUUACUUUUUGUGUUUGGAGUUUGAAUCUGCAAACAGAUAUCGGAAAUGUAAUUUUCUACAUAAGCAUUUUUUUUCAUUACCUGCUGUAGUUUUUUCUUUAAAGGGGCAAUCAGCAGUUGCUACAGCCAUUUUUGGACUUAUCAUUAAUUUAUAUGUACCCAUUGAUUCAUGAAGAAUAUAACUUAUAAA